CACCACGCCUCACCAAACCACUUAUUCAAAGUGCUUCUUUAAAAAGCGCUUUUAAGAGCACAACCACAGGCCAAGCCCCCCCCUUCAAAAUUUCAAUUUCAACAUCAACAUUCUCUCACUCUCACACACUCUGACCGAAAGAUACUUGCAGUGGCCCAACAUAUGGCGACACCUCUCUCAGUCGCUACCGGCAGGCCUCUGCUAAUUUACGCACCCACUGCGCACUUCCUUAUCCUCAACCCACCCCCUCUCAUGAACUAAAAUACGAAACCGAAACCCGUUUCAUUCAUUUCCGCAGAAAAAAAAUAAUAAAAAAACCGCCACUUUAUGGCCGGGACUGCGCUUCUCUUUUUCCUCGUUGUACUAUGCUCACCCCCCUUCUUAUCCUGCGCCCAGCGCAGCGCCGAAACUCUAGCCGAGAUCGAGGCCUUGACGUCCUUCAAGCUCAACCUCCACGAUCCACUUGGCGCAUUGAACGGCUGGGAUUCAACCACGCCGUCGGCUCCUUGCGACUGGCGGGGAGUCGAUUGUACUGAUAACCGAGUCAGCGAGCUCCGCCUGCCUCGUCUCGAACUCGGUGGCCGACUCAGUGACCGCCUUGGUAACCUGCGCAUGUUGCGCAAGCUGAGCCUCCGGUCCAACUCCUUCAACGGCACCGUUCCGUCUUCGCUUUCCCAAUGUACGCUCCUACGCUCCGUCUUCUUGCAGAACAACUCACUCUCCGGCAAGCUCCCUGCGGAGAUCGGAAACCUGAGCAAUCUCCAGAUUUUCAACGUCGCCAGUAACCACCUCUCCGGCGAAAUCUCCGGUGAGCUGCCUCCGAGGCUCAAGUACCUCGAUCUCUCCUCAAACUCAUUCUCCGGCGAGAUUCCGAAGAGCAUCGUCAACCUGACUGGCCUUCAGCUCAUCAACCUCUCGUACAACCAGUUCUCCGGUCAGGUUCCGGCGAGCUUUGGCGAGCUCCAAGAGCUCGAGUUCCUCUGGCUCGACUACAACCUCUUAUCAGGACCACUGCCUUCGGCGCUCGCCAAUUGCUUGGCGCUCGUGCAUUUGAGUGUUGAAGGCAAUGCGCUCGGCGGCGUGAUACCGGCGGCGAUCGGAGCUCUACCGAAGCUUCAAGUGCUCGCGCUUUCACAGAAUACUCUUUCUGGUACUGUCCCGUACUCAAUGUUCUGCAACGUUUCGGUUUUUACGCCGUCGCUUCGAAUCGUCCAGCUGGGGUUUAAUGCGUUCACGGAUAUCGUGAAGCCCGAGACAGCGAGUUGUUUUAGUGCUCUGCAAGUUUUGGAUCUUCAACACAAUCAGAUUGGCGGCGAUUUUCCUUGGUGGUUAACACAGGUAUCAAACUUGACAAUUCUUGAUGUUUCAAGUAACUCAUUUUCUGGUGUGGUGCCGCCAGAGAUUGGAAACUUAACCAGAUUAGAGGAGCUUAAAAUGGCUAAUAAUUCAUUUAGCGGUCCGAUUCCUGCAGAGAUUAAGCAAUGUAGCUUACUGCGCGUGCUUGAUCUCCAAGGGAAUCGAUUUUCGGGUGAAAUUCCUGUGUUUUUGGGUGAUUUGAGAGGUUUGAAGGUGCUGUCCCUGGGGGAAAAUCAGUUCUUGGGUUCAAUUCCUGCAAAUUUUCCCAACCUUUUGGGGCUGGAGACUUUGAGCUUGAGAGGGAACCAGUUGACUGGAACUUUGCCUGAGGAGGUGCUUAUGGGGUUGAGCAAUUUGACCACAUUGGACCUCAGUAGGAACAAGUUUUCUGGUGAAGUUGGCAUCACUAUUGGGAAUUUGAGUCAGCUAAUGGUUCUGAAUCUAAGUGGUAAUGGCUUUUCUGGGAGGGUUCCUAGCAGCUUGGCCGGUCUUUUCAGGCUUACAACUAUUGAUUUGAGCAAACAGAACUUCUCUGGUGAGCUACCUUUUGAGCUUUCUGGGUUACCCAAUCUGCAAGUUAUUGCAUUGCAAGAGAACAGUUUGUCUGGAGAUGUUCCUGAGGGCUUUAGUAGUUUGAUGGGCCUGCAUUAUUUGAACCUCAGUUCCAACGCAUUUUCUGGUCAUAUUCCGGAGAAUUAUGGUUUUCUUCGGUCAUUGGUUGUUCUGUCAUUGGCUGACAACCACAUUUCGGGUGUGAUUCCACCAGAGCUUGGAAACUGCUCGGAUCUUCAAGUCGUAGAGCUGCAAUCAAACUCUUUGACAGGCAGCAUUCCAGCUGAUCUUUCUCACCUCUCAUUGUUGAAGGAGCUUGAUUUGGGAAACAACAACUUAACAGGUGAAAUCCCAGAAGAAAUUUCCAAAUGUUCAUCACUAACUGCUUUGUUACUGGAGUCCAAUCAUCUUUCAGGUGGCAUACCAGUCUCAUUGUCUGAGCUAUCAAACCUAACUACUCUGGAUCUUUCGAACAACAACUUGAGUGGGGAAAUUCCUUCUAAUCUUACGUUAAUUCCUGGCCUUGUGAACUUCAAUGUCUCCAUGAAUAACCUCGAUGGUAAGAUCCCGGAAUUGCUUGGUUCUCGGAUCAACAAUCCAUCAGCAUUUGGAGGAAAUAAAAACCUAUGCGGGCGGCCAUUGGAUCGGAAAUGUGAGGAUGUAGGCACCAAGAGUGACAACAAGAAGAGGCUGAUUCUAAUGAUUGUUAUUAUUGCAAGUGGAGCUUGCCUAUUAGCUCUGUGUUGCUGCUUCUACAUCUUCAGCCUCUUCAGGUGGCGCAAAAAGCUCAAACAAAGGGCAUCUGGAGAGAAGAACAGGAGUCCAGCGAGGGCAAGCUCAGGGGCCAGUGGGGGCCGUGGAAGCUCUGAUAGUGGAGGGCCAAAGCUCGUUAUGUUCAACAACAAAAUCACACUGGCAGAGACAAUUGAAGCUACCAGACAAUUCGACGAAGAAAAUGUGCUCAGCAGAACAAGAUAUGGGUUGGUCUUCAAGGCUUGUUAUGCUGAUGGUAUGGUGUUAUCGGUCCGCCGCUUCCCAGAUGGAGCACUCAAUGAAAACUUGUUCAGAAAAGAAGCUGAAGCACUGGGCAGAGUGAAGCACCGGAACUUAACAGUUCUUCGAGGCUACUACGCCGGGCCACCAGACAUGAGGCUUCUUGUCUAUGACUACAUGCCCAACGGAAAUCUCGCUACUCUUUUGCAAGAAGCAUCACACCAAGAUGGCCAUGUCCUCAAUUGGCCAAUGCGCCACCUCAUUGCACUUGGAAUUGCUCGUGGCUUGGCCUUCUUACACAGUUCCGCAGUGGUUCACGGCGAUGUGAAGCCCCAAAGCGUGCUCUUUGACGCCGAUUUCGAAGCCCAUCUGUCCGAUUUCGGGCUAGACAAACUCACAUUGGCAACCCCAGCUGAGGCCUCAAGCUCAACCACAGUUGGGACAUUAGGCUAUGUGUCUCCAGAAGCAGUUCUAACAGGAGCAGUCACAAAAGAAUCAGAUGUUUACAGCUACGGGAUCGUUUUGCUUGAGCUCUUGACAGGGAAGAGGCCGGUGAUGUUUACCCAAGACGAAGACAUAGUGAAAUGGGUGAAGAAGCAGCUCCAAAAAGGCCAAAUCACAGAGUUGCUGGAGCCGGGUUUGCUUGAGCUUGACCCUGAGUCAACGGAGUGGGAAGAGUUCUUGCUUGGAGUGAAAGUUGGGUUGCUCUGCACAGCACCCGACCCGCUUGACCGACCCACCAUGUCCGAUAUCGUUUUCAUGCUCGAAGGCUGCCGGGUCGGACCCGAUAUCCCCUCCUCCGCUGACCCGACGUCUCAACCGUCUCCGGCGUAAUCAGAAGCCCAACAAACUUUGACCUUUUCUUUUUUCUUUUUUUAAUUUCUUUUAAUUUUUUUUUUAAAUGUUUCUUUAACUGUAGUCUACCGUACGUAGCUGAAGUUUUGGACUUUUUUUCCUU